CAGCUGCUACCUUCUUCACUUCCAAUCCAGACUCUGUGCACACACACACCAACACACACACGCUCGGACGCACGAGUCUCUACUGGUUGUGGAGGCACAUCAACCCGGACAACAAAGGGUCCACGCAGAAGGGGGGCUCACUGCAGCCAGGACAGGAUUACAGCAUCCAGUGCCAGCGACAAGCUUUACUCAACUCUUUUUCUUGUUCUGCUCGGAAAUAAAGCGUCAGUCAGACUGGAGGUGACCGUCAAAGAAGCGUUAAUCGCUCGCGUGGACAGCAGAGCCGUACUUGUGAGCCUCGGCAGCGAGAUGGAGAUGGAGCAUUUCGACGUCGACAAGGGUCAGAGACACGGCCGGUCCAGCGCGAGGAUGAACGGGGUGCCAAGUCCUACGCACAGCGCACACUGCAGCCUGUACCGGACCCGAACCCUGAAGACUCUGACAACGGAGAAAAGAGCCAAGAAGGUCCGCUUCUACCGCAAUGGGGACCGGUACUUCAAUGGGAUAGUGUAUGCCAUCUCCUCAGACAGGUUCCGGACCUUUGACGCCCUGCUGGAGGACCUGACCCGCUCCCUGUCCGACAAUGUCAACCUCCCCCAGGGAGUCAGGACCAUCUACUCCCUGGAUGGCUCCAAGAAGAUCUCUACUGUAGAGCAGCUGGUAGAGGGUGACAGCUAUGUGUGCAGCUCCAUCGAAGCUUACAAAAAGUUGGAUUACGCAAAAAAUGUCAACCCCAACUGGUCGGUGAACGUCAAGGCCUCUGCGACAGCCGCCCGGGGGCCUCCCUCCCUCGGCAGCACCAUGGCCGGUGCCCUGGAGAGCCGUGAAAUCAAGGACUUCAUCCGCCCAAAGCUUGUGACUGUGGUGCGGAGCGGCGUGAAGCCCCGCAAAGCUGUGAGGAUCCUGCUGAACAAGAAAACGGCCCAUUCCUACGAGCAAGUCCUGACUGACAUCACUGAUGCCAUCAAGCUCGACUCUGGGGUGGUGAAGAAGAUUUACACACUGGAAGGCAAAAUGGUUUCAUGUCUGCAGGACUUCUUUGGCGAUGAAGACAUUUUCGUGGCAUGUGGACCAGAGAAGUUCCGCUACCAGGAUGACUUGAUGUUAGAUGAGAGUGAGUGCCGUACGGUGCGGUCAGUAAAUUACGGAAAGAUGUCUGGCUCCCUGAGCCGAAGCUCCCCCCGGACUGUCAUCCAAUCAGGACGCAGCAAGUCACCUGCAUCUGUGAACGGGACGCCGGCCAGCCAGCUCUCCACUCCUCACUCGGGAAAAUCUCCCAGCCCCUCCCCAACCAGCCCUGGCAGCCUCAGCCAACGUCGGGGAUCCCAGGGCUCUUCCACCUCUCUGUCUUCCACUAAAGUUUCCAGCUCAGUGGAAGACGGGGAUGGAAUUGUGAAUGAAGCUGAGGUCGUUAUCGAUGAGGUUCCAGCUGUGCCGUCCUACAUAUCAGACCGCUACAAGGUGGGACGCACGUUGGGUGAUGGGAACUUUGCAGUUGUUCGGGAGUGCGUGGAGCACUCCACAGGACGGGAGUACGCUCUGAAGAUUAUCAACAAGGGAAAAUGUAGAGGCAAGGAGCACAUGAUCCAGAAUGAAGUGGCAAUCCUACGCAGAGUCAAACAUCCUAACAUCGUUCUGCUCAUCGAGGAGGUGGAUACUUACAAUGAGCUCUAUCUGGUCAUGGAGCUAGUCAAGGGAGGAGAUCUGUUCGACGCCAUCACCUCUGCCAACAGAUACACGGAGAGAGACGCCAGCGGCAUGCUCUACAACUUAGCCAACGCCAUCAAAUACCUCCACAGCCUCAACAUUGUGCACAGAGACAUCAAACCAGAAAACCUGCUGGUCUAUGAGCAUGCAGACGGCAGCAAAAGCCUGAAACUAGGGGACUUUGGCUUGGCGACUGUGGUAGACGGACCCCUCUACACUGUCUGUGGAACCCCGACAUAUGUAGCACCUGAAAUCAUCGCAGAAACAGGGUAUGGCCUUAAGGUUGACAUCUGGGCAGCUGGAGUCAUCACCUACAUCCUGCUGUGUGGUUUCCCACCUUUCAGAGGGAGCAAUGACGAUCAAGAAGUGCUCUUCGACCAGAUCCUAAUGGGACAGCUUGAAUUUCCUCUACCUUACUGGGACAAUGUGUCAGAAACAGCAAUGGAGCUGAUCAGAUCCAUGUUGGAAGUGGAGGUGGACCAGAGAUACUCUGCUCUCCAGGUGUUAGAGCACCCUUGGGUCACUGAUGAGGGUCUAUGUGAGAAUGAUCAUCAGUUGUCAGUAGCAGGGAAGAUAAAGAAGCACUUCAAUACCAGCCCAAAAGUCAACGACACCACUGCAGGAGUGUCAGUCAUCUCUCUGGAUGACAGCUUUUCUAUGCAGAGAUCUGGGUCGUUGGAUUUCUACCAGCACCCGGGCAUGUACUGGAUAAGGCCACCCCUUUUGAUAAGGAGGGGCAGAUUCUCAGACGAGGACGCUACCCGGAUGUGAAGCCACUGCCUCUGCAGAUGAUGCCAACAGUGACAACAGUCACAACAACAUCAACAACAAUCACACUCCGGGCGGAGCAUCCUACUUGUCUCCCCAACCUGCCCCCUCUGACCCCUGACACUAUCUCUGACCUUUCCCCAAACCCCAGCCUCCCAUCUGACUCUGAUGACAUCUCCAUCAGCUCUGCCAGUAACGCCUACUCCCCCACCUCGCCCUUCUAGAGAGGAGGUGGAAGGGAGGAAGAGGGGGAGGAGAAGGUGAGAGAAGGAGGGAAAGUCCUUAUCCAGCUCCUCCCUCCAUGUGAAGGAGGAGGAGGAAGAGGAGAUAUCAGAUCACCCUACAGUCUCUAAAAAAAAAUAUCUGGAUGGAAGGGGGAAAACUAAAAAAAAAAAAAUACUUGAACUUAAAGCUCCCCUGAAUCUGUCUUUCCAAGUCUGGUGGAGAGAUCGACCAAAGGAUGGGUGGAGGACAAAAAGGGGGUAGAGAUUACGGGAGGAAGACUAAAGAGGCAGCAGAACCAAGAGGAAGAUGGAGAAAGAAGAAAUGAUGUGAAAAACUUUUUAUUUCUUUUAAACGUUCUCUCAUCUGAGCACAUGUUGCAGAGCUCAAGGAGCCAGAAAGGGGGGCAUUAUUGUUCCCCCCUUUCAGUAAUGAUCCGAGCUCAACAUGGGAACUUCCUUAAGGUGGAGCAGCUCCACGAGGCAAUAUGAGAAUAUGGACCAAUGUUCAUGUUUUAUUGAACCUUAUUUACUCAUUCUUUAUUCACUACAUUUUUUGAUAUGUAUAUCCCUUUUUCAAGAAGGACUUUUUUGUUGACUUGUCCUUACAGCUUGGGGGAAAAGAAAGAAAGGGAACAUGUGUAGAAGUAGAGCUCAUGUUUUGUAGUAGGUCGCAGUAGAUUUGAGGAGAAAUCUGUUUUUCUUACAAAUAUGUUUUAAAAAAAUAGUGUUCAUUGAAAAAAAAAGAUAAAUGUGAGAUCAAAGUCA